UACCAGAGACAAUUUUAACUAAAGCUACAAAAAUCAUGAAAGAUAUAAUGAAACUUCCCAACGAUCCUAACGUUUAUUCAAACCCAGAAAAUUCUUUUUUGUUACCGUUCCCAUUCCUUGGCAAAAGAAAACCAGUAGAGAGAUUUGUCAUCGAUAAUGAUGAGCAAAAGAAAAGAAUUGAAUAUAUUACCGGCAAUAAUCCAUUCUUCUUGAGCUUUCUUCGAGUUCCCAAAGAAGUUUCCCAAGGUUUCGAAAAUGCAUGGGAUAACUUAAAUCAACUAUUAAUAUUGAAGAUGCAAGAGCCAAUGACGAAAUUUUCAGAAUCUAUAGCAAAAGAAUCAAAAGAAAGAUGGGAAUUUCACGUCAAUUUGAUGCUAUCUUUCCUGACAAAUGAUUAUCCUCCAUACGGCUUUGGAGUUGACGAUUAUGAUCAUCGGUUCUUCUAUAUUAAGAAUAAUAACCGUUGUUAUUAUAUCUGUGG